CCGGAAGUACUAUUUAUUACCUCUUCCUUUUUCAUUUAUGUCCGCCAUAUUGGAGACAGCAUGAGCACACCGGUGUUCAUAGAUUUGCCUAUUCCUGAGCAGGCUCAGGAGCUGCGGAUAUUCCUGAAAUCCUUCGGUGCUUCUAUAUCGGAGGAACCCUCGGAAGAUGGAAUCCACUCAGAUCUUAAAAAUAUCAUAGAAGCAACAAGUGUGUGCUGGACAGAAAUCAACAAUGAAGCAGAUCUUGAGAUGAUAUUCAACAGCAUCAUAUCCCUGAUCCUGGCCAUGCCACCAGAGGAGAUGGCUGAACCAAUCACCAUGUUCUGUGAAAAAGUUGGCAAACAGCAGAAAACAGACAAAAGAUCACAGAACAGAAUCAAAGUGUUGUCCAACUUGUUUUAUGGUAUUGAUGAGAAGUCAGUGCUUCGAGCCGAUGUUUAUGUAGCCAUGGUCAAACUAGCUCAUCAAUCAGACCUCAUACAAAUGGUGGACACCGACUUAGACAAGGUGAAGAAAUGGACUUCUAUGUGGGACAUUAGCCCAAAGAAAUUACAGAAUCUGCUAAGAAAUCUACACGAUGCUCUUAUAGACUCUAAAUUAAGUGAAAAUGCUACCAAGGUGAUGAUAGAUUUACUAGGGUCCUACACUGAGGACAACGCCUCCCAAGCUAGGGACGACGCCCACAGGUGUAUUGUGACACAUUUAGGAGAUCCCAACACAUUUCUUAUGGACCAUCUCUUGACACUGAAACCAGUAAAGUUCCUUGAGGGGGAGCUCAUACAUGAUCUUUUGACUAUAUUUGUUUCUGGGAAGAUUGCACAGUACCAACAGUUCUACAAGAAUAACACAGACUUUGUGAAAUCUCUAUGUCUCUCUCAUGAACAGAACAUGAGGAAGAUGCGUCUACUGACCUUCAUGCAAAUGGCAGAGAACAGGAUGGAGAUUGAGUACAGUGUUCUUCAGGAGGAAAUGAUGAUGAGCCAGGAGGAGAUAGAACCCUUUGUCAUUGACGUACUGAGAACAAAGGCAGUCAGAGCUAAAAUAGACCAGAUGCAAAAGAAAGUUCUGAUCAGCUCAACAACUCACCGGACUUUUGGUCGCCAGCAGUGGCAGAUGUUGAAACAGCACCUGAUACAGUGGAAGGAGAAUCUAAAGGGUGUACAAGCCAGUUUAUCACAACUCGAUCUUAUUAAUAACCAGACUACAGCCACGUAGUCCCUUCAUCAGACACCACCCGAUCUCUGGUCAGUCAAAGUCUGGUCAGCGGUCACCCUUCUAGAGUUUGGACAGCAGCCAAUACUGGUUGUUAAACGUUAAGGAGAGGGAACAUCUUGGUGCAAGGACUGAUCAUAAGGAAACGGUCAGUUCUCUGCUAGCGUGGACACCGGGUUGUAAUCCUGUGACACAUAUUUAUAGUAAAUUCAAUACAAAACUUUUAGUUCUAAGAGAGGACAAACACAGACUUGUGCCAGUGCAGGAGCUGGUUUGUGGACAUUCUUCUGCUGCAGUAGAUAAUCUGGACAUUUGAUGGGUGAAUGAUUUUGUUGAAUUACGUAGAAAAGUUAGACAUUCUACUGCCACUCAUUAUUUAUUGCAUGAAAAAACAUCCCAUCAAAUUUCAGAUAUCUACUGUAAAUUUUAUUAUGAUUAACUAAAGUGCUUGGCAAACCAGUUUCAAAUUUCUUUCUAUAAAUACCAUCAUGGAUACCUUAAAAUUUAGACUUAAGUCAUUAAAGUGCAAAUAUUUCAAAAUAAAAUUUUCAUCAAA